AUGCUUUCCCCUCUGGAGUUAGACAUUUUGACUGCUUCCUUUACCUUCAGUGGUCAGAUCAACGCAAGACUCAAAACCAGCCCCAUUUAUAUUGGUGCGAGUGAAUCCCAAGAUACGGCGGUCUCUGAAACCGCAACAGCAUCUUCCACAACACCCUACUCAUCAUCACCUGCCUCUACUUCAUCACCAUCUUCCCGGCCGUCAUCAUCCGACCAGACAAAUCUUGGAGCAAUCAUUGGUGGAGCUGUUGGAGGGUUUGUGGCUAUUUCCCUUGUGGCUCUGGCAAUCUUUUGGACGAUUCGAAAGUCAAGGAACAAAAAAGGUCAUCAGUCAAUGCAAGUUGACCCAUUGGAUCACAGUGGUGGAAAGACGGAGGCACAAACCGACUGGAGAAGCUCAACAGCGACGGCGCUAAGCUGGCCAACUUCAGCCUCACCACAAACUGGAACAGGCCAACCAACAUCACCAAGUGCACUCAGUGAGACAUCGCAGGGUAUAAUGUCGCCUAUGAGGCCACAAAUGACUCACGAGAUGAGCGGAGAAUCUGUUCAGUCGCCACCGUAUGAGUUGGCGGACUCUAGAAUCUAUGAGAUAGGAAGUGAUUCUACUGAUCGUUGA